AUGUUUGGGAAAGAGAAGUAUGGCUAUAGUAUGAUUGACAUCGACGAUCCUCGCUACAUCAAGGAGUGUGCCCAGAUGUCUCAGAAGCUCAUACGGUUGCACUAUGACCAGCAGAUCAUCGACUAUACGUGGCGGAAUACCUACAAGGGCCUGCUGACGGCAGAGCAUCGCUUGGCGACGUUGCCAGAGAAUAAGUGUCCUCAGAAGACGCAAGAUCUCAUGAAGAAGGAGGUGGACUCGUGCAUGAAACAGCUGCUGGAACUUCAACAGCAGAAGGACAUGUAUGAACAGCAGAUCAAAGAAAUUUACGAAAGAUGUGACUCCAUCAAAGCCACCAUCAAGAAGGAGAAUGACUUGGAAGAUCUGCGGAAGACGAUGGAAAAGCAAACGAAGGAGAAGAUCUCCAGCGAUUCGCCCUUCUGGAAAGCCAAGUUCAACAUCCGUUCCGUCAACGCACCACCCAGGUCCGGCUCUCUGAGCUUUGAUUGA